UCCGCGUGAAGGGAAGGGGGAGGAACCACAUCCGGGUCAGGGGGCGCGGCCGGGCCGGAAGUGAACGGGCGCUACGAUGGCUUCCGGGGGGGAAGUGUCUGCACUGGUCCUAGUGGCUAUUCUGUGGGGAGGAACAAACCCGUUUUUGAAGACAGGGACAGAGGGACUGGAGAAGGUGAAGCAAAGGAACCGAGUGCUGCAGCUGCUUGCAGAGAUGAAAUUCCUGUGCCUCAAUUAUAAGUGCAUGGUGCCAUUUCUGUUUAACCAGUGUGGAUCAAUAAUCUACUAUCUCACAUUGGCAUCCAUAGACCUGUCCCUGGUGGUGCCUCUCUGUAACUCUCUGGCUUUGAUAGUCACAGUUGUAACUGGGAAGAUUCUUGGGGAGGACAUUGGUGGUAAAAGAGCCGUGGUAGGAAUGCUGCUUACUAUCUUGGGAGUUGCUCUAUGUAUAGCUGGUUCCGUGAACGAGUGAGAAACACUGUGAGAGUGGAAGAAGAACGAAUGUGCAGAAGGUAAUGCCGCUGUUUGGGGAUGGGCACCCCUGCCGCUCUGGACCCAAAUCAGACACCAGCGGUGUGGGAUAGAACCAAGGCAACGUGGAAGGGUGAAUUUUGGUCCCUAAAGAAGAAAAUUUCUGAAAACAGUUGUUGGAGUCUCUUUGCCUUUUCAAGGUUUAGGUCUUGUUGUUUUGAGGCACUAAGCCUCGAAUAUUUGGGGUUUGAGCCCCCAAUACUUAAUUUAGGUACAGAACCCUAUGCAAAAAAUGAGUGUCCUGAUCUUCCUCUGACCUCCCUUCUAGGUCUCCCAAAGUUCCACACUGCUGGAGUCCAUGGUGUAAUCUCCAUUUAGUGUACAGCCCCAUGAUGGAGAUGUUGACAUUCCCACCCACACAGUGAGGGAUUUGGAACCAGAGUUUACUAUGUAAAAGAAACGUAAACAACCGGGUUGCAGAGUUGAAGGGUCAUCUCAUCACUAGACAGAACAUUUUAAAAUCUAAAAAAAAAACAAAAAAAAAACCUUCAUAUAUCAGGGGAAUAUUUGACACAGGACAGCAGAAAAUGGUUCACCAAGCUUAUUUACAGAGGUAGCUACCGCACUAAGACUCCCACCUAUACUCUAAUUGCUACAUCACAGUAUUUCUAGAACACAAAGGCUGAAUAAACUAAAUGGUUCAUA